AAUAGAGCGAAAGAGAGAAACGAAUAAAAGGGAAAGAAAAAUAAUGGACGUAGCGCAUGUACUGCACAUGAAUGGAGGCGAUGGAGAAGCAAGCUAUGCAAGAAACUCCUUUCUUCAGCGAAAGGUGAUUUGCAUGACAAAGGGCAUGAGAGAGGAAGCCAUAAGGAAGGUGUAUUGCAGCAGAAGGCCGAGAAGCUUAGUCAUUGCAGACUUGGGUUGCUCUUCGGGACCCAACACUUUGCUUGUGGUAUCUGAGGUUAUCAUGGCGGUGGAGAAGCUUUGCAGAGAACUGAAGCAUGAUGAUGAGUCUCCGGAAUACCAGGUGUUGAUGAAUGAUCUUCCCGGGAACGAUUUUAACAACAUCUUCAAGUCGCUUGACUUAUUCGUAGAGCAGUUAAGUAAACAAGUGGAAGGUGGGGUUGGUCCAUGUUACUUCAGUGGGGUUCCUGGUUCUUUUUAUGGCAGGAUCUUUCCAACCAAGUCUUUGGAUUUUGUCCAUUCCUCUUACAGCCUUCAAUGGCUAUCUCAGGUUAUCAUCUUCUGCCUAACUGAACAAUAUGGAUUUAUGUUUAAUUUAAGAGAAAUAUAA